GAUAUGUAGGUCCUGAAAGUUUAUCAAAGCCUAAAGGUCAUACAAUUCAAUUUCUUUUUGAAUCCCGCUCUUGACUUCAACAUGCGUUGCCACACUUGCAAAAAGGAGUGCGAGAGACCUCAAAAAUGCUCAAAAUGCCAAAAAACCGUUUACUGCUCUCGUGAUUGCCAGAUUAUGGAUUGGAAACAACACAAGCGUAGUGUCUGCCUUAAAUCUCCGCAAGUACACCAGGUGGAGAAGAUGCUCAAGAAAAUCAGUGGCCCAAAUGAUCCUAUGGGUAGGCUCUUCCAAAUGGAAAAUUUGGCUUGGGCGGCACGCGUUAGAGAUCCCCAACCAACAAGGGCCUGCGAUGGGUGUUUCCGCCUUUGGGAUGAGUCUCGUUUUGAUCCAUAUGAAGAUGAUGAGGACACGGGACGUUGCGGCUCGAGAGAUAGUGGUAAAAGGUGUGGAGAUUGUGACUGGACUGUUUGUAGGGACUGUUUACGUCUAGAGUUCCAAGAGCGGAAUGUAUUGGAACGGCCUACAGGACAAUGUCGCUGUUUGAAUUCCAACUUUGGUGUUCCCUACUGCACUAUGACGACGUCUUACAUUCAUGGAGACCAACACCAGAGUUACACGGGGGAUAGGCACCCCGAAAUAUCUACUAGUGGGUAUCCCGAGACAGCUUUCGAAGAUAAACCCAGAAAAUGCAAGAACUGUGGGGAGAGAAAAUUAUGCUUGAAGAAGGAACAUCGAAAGGAUUUAGCACCUCAAGUGCUUCUUGAAGGGAUCUCUCACUAAUUACUGAUAUGCAAAAAAAAUUCCUGUUUUUGUUUCAACUUUCCUUUCAAUGAUGAAAAUCCAGCCUUUUUCAAUUACAGUGUU